CAAGAGACUCUGUCGUUCAUCAGAGAGAAUCUGGAGAAGAGUGAUCAGCUGACCAAUGGCAUGGUCUCCAUCCUGUCGUCGUUCGAGAGCCGCCUGAUGCAGCUGGAGAACUCCAUAAUCCCCGUCCACAAGCAGACGGAGAACCUGCAGCGGCUGCAGGAGAACGUGGACAAGACUCUGUCCUGCAUGGAUCACGUCAUCAGUUACUAUCACGUGGCCAAAGACACGGACAGGAUCAUCAGAGAGGGACCGACGGGUCGACUCGACGAGUAUCUCGCUUGCAUCGCAAAGAUCCAGAAAGCUGUGGAUUACUUUCAGGACAACAAUCCCGACAGUCCUGAACUCAACACAGUGAAAGCUCGUUUUGAUAAGGGUAAGGAGCUGCUGGAGGCCGAGUUCCGCAGCCUGCUGACCCGCUACAGCAAACCCGUCCCCCCCAUCCUCAUCCUGGACGCCAUCAGCGUGGACGAGGAGCUGGAGGUGCAGGAGGACGUGGUGCUGGAACAUCUGCCUGAGGCCGUGCUCCAGGACAUCAUCUGCAUCGCCGGCUGGCUGGUGGAGUACGGACACAACCAGGAUUUCAUGAACGUCUACUUCCAGAUCAGGUCCAAUCAGCUCGAUCGAUCCAUCAAAGGCCUGAAGGAUCAUUUCCGCAAGAACAGCGCCUCCUCCGGGAUCCUCUACUCCCCCGCCGUCCAGACCAAACGCAAGGACACGCCCACCAAAAAGGCUCCUAAGAGACCAGGGACCAUUCGAAAGGCUCAGAACCUUCUGAAACAGUACUCACAGCAUGGGCUGGAUGGGAAAAAGGGGGGCUCUAACCUCACUCCUCUGGAAGGGAAAGACGACGUCCUGGACAUCGAGAUCGACUCGUACAUCCACUGCAUCAGCGCCUUCGUCAAGCUGGCGCAGAGCGAGUACGUGCUGCUGACGGAGAUCAUCCCCGAGCACCAUCAGAAGAAGACGUUUGACUCCCUCAUUCAGGAAGCUCUGGACAACCUGAUGCUGGAGGGAGACAACAUCGUGUCGGCGGCGCGCAGAGCCAUCAUGCGGCACGACUACUCAGCCGUCCUCACCAUCUUCCCCAUCCUGAGACACCUGAAGAUGAACAAGUCUGAGUUCGAUGCCACGCUGCAGGGAACCGCAGCGAGCACCAAGAACAAACUGCCCACACUCAUCACGUCCAUGGAGACGAUCGGAGCCAAAGCUCUGGAGGAGUUCGCCGACAGCAUCAAGAACGACCCUGAUAAAGAAUACAACAUGCCCAAAGACGGGACCGUGCACGAGCUGACCAGCAACGCGAUCCUGUUCCUGCAGCAGCUGCUCGACUUCCACGAGACGGCCGGAGCCAUGUUGGCGUCACAAGUUCUGGGGGACACUUACAAUAUUCCUUUAGACCCCCGAGAGACGAGCUCAGCGAGCAGCUACACCUCCGACUUCAACAAACGGCUCCUCAGCAGCUACAUAUGUAAAGUUCUGGGAAACCUGCAGCUGAACUUGCUCAGUAAAUCCAAAGUGUACGAGGACUCAGCGCUGAGCUCCAUCUUCCUGCACAACAACUACAACUACAUCCUCAAGUCUCUGGAGAAGUCUGAGUUGAUCCAGCUGGUGACUGUGACCCAGAAGAAAGCUGAGAGUUCGUACCGAGAGCUGAUAGAGCAGCAGAUCCAGAUGUACCAGCGCAGCUGGCUGAAAGUCACAGAGCACCUGACCGACAGGAACAUGCCCGUCUUCCAACCCGGCACCAAGCUGAAAGAUAAAGAACGACAAGUAAUCAAAGACAAAUUCAAGGGUUUUAACGACGGGCUGGACGAGUUGUGUAAGACUCAGAAGGGUUGGGCCAUUCCCGACAAGGAGCAGCGGGACUUCAUCCGUCAGGCUCAGAGGAGAGUGGUGUCGGACACGUACAGAGCGUUUCUGCUGCGAUGUGCCAACAUUUCUUUCACCAAGAACCCUGAGAAGUAUCACAAGUAUCGCCCGGAGGAAGUGGAGGAGAUGAUCGAGAAGCUGUUCGACACGUCCGCCUGAGAAGCACUUUAAAUAAACCCAGACUCGUUUUCCUCUUUCACCGUCGCCCUCGUCGUGUCCGAUGAUUUGAACGAAGAGGAAUGAACGUGAUGUAUUUAUGUAAUUUAGCUGUUUAACAUUUCAGACAAAUAAAGGGAACUCUGAAUUAAC